UGAAACGAGCACUUCCCUUUGCUUGGAGGAAUGGUGAGCGUUGGAUCAUCUAGUGCCAGACGAGUGGUUACUUCCUCAGAUCGCGCCAGGAGAAUGGACAUCAGCGGUCGGCGCUACGAACCGGAGCAAUAACUAACCUUGCCUCAUAAUGAGGCUGUGACCUCUUUGCUCGGAGCUGUCUGCAAGUCAUGACGCCAUUGCGUGCAUAUUGAGCUGUAUGCAAAUGAUGUGAAAAUGCCACAAAAAGCACAAGAGGAUGCUGUUACUAAUAUGAAAACAGUACAACACAUUUCCAAGCAGCUGGGAUUUGAAUGGACUGUUGUAGCCUAUGAGUUGGGUUUUACUCGAGAGGAGGUAAGGGAGUUCCAUGUGAAGGUGCAGCAGAAAGGAGCCCAAGCAAAAACCAUGCUGGAGUGCUGGUACAAGAGAUCCUGGGACAAGAGCAAUAAAACAAAGUUACUGCAAGAUGGACUAGAGCGGGCUGGCCGUCGUGACCUGGCUGAGCAUCUGCGCUGCCUUCACUGGGGACAUCAGAAACUAAGCCACAAAGUGGAGCUUCCUUCUGCAUUUCCUUAUAUCAUUACUGUCCAUAAGACCAUAAAGAACAAAGAGGGUUUGCGUCGAAUUAAUGAUCUCAACCAGAGUUACAGUUAACUUUGAAUAUAUCAAUUUAUGAGGGUUUUCUGCUGGUUUUAAUGACUGAAAUUUAAGAAGAUAUUGUUAAAGAUUCUGUAAGUGAUCUUAGGAUUUCUCUUCGCGUUAGUAUGUGAUUUGGGUCAUUCUAUGAAACAGGUGCCUUUUCCCACUAUAACAUUUUCAUCAAAAGUAAACUUCUUUUCAUUUUAUCCACAGCAUUAAAGACUUAGUCACCCUCCAAAAAAUCUUAUUUGCCCACCUCAGGCAUUUUUUUCCCUCCAUUGAAAUGUAAUGGAUUGAAAUAAAAUACAUAUGACAGGGUGGUAAAUUUCAUGAUAAAAUGGCUUUAGCUAUCCAAUAACGGUCAAGAUAUUGACUUAACAUACAUGCCUUCAAUUAGAAAUGUAAUUUGCUUAGCAUUGAUGGUAUUAAAACUGUAAUUAAAACUGUUAUUCCUGUCAAAUUUGCAUGAAGGGGUGAAGGGGUGGUUGGAUUAAGCUAGAUGGACCCCCUCAUAGUAAUGAAAAAGCAACAAAUAAACAAGUUAAAAGAAUGUCAGAUUUUUUCUGCAUAGUUUCCUUGGUGCGCUAGAGACAGACAUUAUUAAAAAUUGUCUUUAAUUUCAAGUAACAGUAUACUAUUUACAGAGAAAACAAGUUAAUGUGACAAGGUGGCAAGUCAAACCAGGGGACACAAAAACAUCAUGAAAUAUUUACCAAAAAACUUUAUUUUAUUCUGUCUAAUGUCGUCAGGAAAAUAUAUUUUAUUAUUAAAAUAAAAGUUUGCUAAGAAUAAAAUGUGGUAAUAUUUCUUAUUUAGUAGUUAUGUAGUGCCAUUUACUACACACCAGAACAAGGUGUUCUGAUAAACGGAGGCAAAUAAUUCUACGAUGCAUAGCAGAGUAUCUUGGGACACCUCGAAGGCCGUUAUCCCGCUUAUCCCCCGUUUGCCACUAUGUAUAUAGGCAAUAGUCUUGCUUUUAUAGCAUGCAACGAAAACAAACGGUUCAGUUUAAAAAGAAGCCGACUUGUUCAUUUUGUUGUACUACUUUCUGUGGUUCUGACAGUGAUAGCGGCGGGUAGUUAG